GAUGAUUUCACUUCAGUAAAACCCACCCGAGCCCUCUUCUGCUUUUCAAUUUCAAUUCUACUUGGUUCCUUUUCUUCUGUUUUCACCCCUUCUUCUUCCCCACCCCCAAAACCUGCAAAAAUCCUCCACUUCCCUACCAGUCCUCCCUAACCUCUGUUAUUUAUUUAUUUACUUCUGCAGCUUGAGCUCUAAUAAAUUAUACAAAACAAAAUGAAUGGCUGAGAAAAUCAAUUGGGAAAUUCAGAGCCAGAGGCAAAAGCCAUGGGCAACAAGAUCGCUCGAACGACCCAAGUCUCGGCGUCGGAAUACUACCUGCACGACCUGCCUUCCUCCUAUAACCUCGUCCUGAAGGAGGUUCUAGGCCGAGGCCGCUUCUUCAAGUCCAUUGAGUGCAAGCACGACGAGGGUUUGGUCCUCGUCAAGGUCUACUUCAAGCGCGGCGACUCCAUCGAUCUCCGCGAGUACGAGCGCAGGCUCUUCCACAUCAAGGAGACCUUCCGUGCUCUUGAUCACCCUCACGUUUGGCCCUUCCAGUUUUGGCAAGAGACAGAUAAAGCAGCUUACCUUGUAAGGCAAUACUUCUUCAAUAAUCUGCAUGACCGAUUAAGCACACGACCUUUUCUCAGUCGCAUCGAGAAGAAAUGGUUGGCUUUUCAGUUACUUCUUGCUCUGAAGCAGUGCCACGACAAGGGCAUAUGUCAUGGUGAUAUUAAGUGUGAGAAUGUAUUGGUGACUUCUUGGAAUUGGCUCUACCUUGCUGACUUUGCAUCUUUCAAACCCACUUACAUACCAUACGACGACCCGUCUGAUUUCUCGUUUUUCUUUGACACUGGAGGAAGAAGGCUUUGUUAUCUUGCUCCUGAGAGAUUUUAUGAGCAUGGAGGUGAGAUGCAGGUUGCACAAGAUGCACCAUUGAGGCCAUCUAUGGACAUCUUUGCUGUAGGGUGUGUAAUUGCGGAGCUUUUCCUUGAGGGUCAGCCGCUAUUUGAACUCUCUCAACUUCUUGCUUAUCGUAGAGGGCAAUACGAUCCUACCCAACUUCUUGAAAAGAUACCAGAUUCUGGGAUUCGCAAGAUGAUACUUCAUAUGAUUCAGUUGGAACCAGAGUUGCGACUCUCUGCUGAUAGCUACCUGCAAGAGUAUACCACCAUUGUGUUUCCAAGUUACUUCUCUCCGUUUCUGCAUAAUUUUCAUUGUUUCUGGAAUCCACUUCAUUCAGAUAUGAGGGUUGCACUUUGCCAGAGUGUUUUCCAUGAGAUACUUAAACAAAUGAUGAGCAUUAGGUCAACUGAGGACACUGGAACUGGACUUGGAACUCCUUCAAAUGCCAAUGCCAUUAGUGGUAAAACUUCUCAGGAGGUCGUUACAAUGCAGAACAAGAAUUUUGCAAAGGGCUCGAUUAGAAAGAGAGAAGAGAUAGGUAAAGGCUUAAAAUGUGAUCAAUUUGAACUUCUUGGUGAUAUCAAUACCCUUCUCAGGGAUGUUAAACAAAGUAAUCAUUAUUCUGUUUCCAAGCCAGUGCUAGACGCUAAUCCUGAUUCUGCAUUUUCCCAAAAUCUCGGAAACUAUGGGAUGCAGUCUCCUGGUGAAUUACUUCAAUCUAUCUCCAAUGCAUUUAGGAGAAAUGAUCAUCCUUUUAUGAAAAAGAUAACACUAAAUGAUUUGAAUUCAUUGAUGUCCAAGUAUGACAGCCAAUCAGAUACCUUUGGCAUGCCUUUUCUGCCGUUGCCUGAAGACAGUAUGAGAUGUGAGGGAAUGGUUCUGAUUACCUCUUUGCUCUGUUCCUGCAUACGCAAUGUAAAAUUGCCUCAUUUAAGGAGGAGGGCCAUACUGUUGCUCAAAUCGUCUGCCUUGUAUAUUGAUGACGAAGAUCGUUUGCAACGUGUAAUUCCAUAUGUUGUUGCAAUGCUUUCAGAUCCAGCUGCAAUUGUGCGUUGUGCUGCCUUGGAGACGUUGUGUGACAUUCUCCCUUUAGUCCGAGAUUUUCCUCCCAGUGAUGCAAAAAUUUUUCCAGAGUAUAUUCUGCCAAUGCUUUCUAUGCUUCCUGAUGAUCCAGAGGAAAGUGUGAGGAUAUGUUAUGCCAGUAAUAUAGCUAAACUGGCACUAACUGCUUAUGGUUUCUUGAUUCACUCAAUAAGCUUGAGUGAGGCUGGGGUACUUGAUGAAUUAAGUUCUACCAAAAAGCCACUGGCAUCAUCUAGUGAGACAUCUGGUCAACUUCAGAGGGUAAACAGUGAUGCACAGCUUGCAAUGUUGAGGAAGUCCAUAGCUGAGGUCAUUCAAGAACUUGUUAUGGGUCCAAAGCAAACUCCAAAUAUCAGGAGGGCACUCCUUCAGGACAUUAGCAACCUGUGCUGCUUCUUUGGCCAGAGACAGAGUAAUGACUUUUUGUUACCCAUUCUCCCCGCUUUUCUGAAUGAUCGUGAUGAGCAGCUUAGAGCAGUAUUCUAUGGGCAAAUUGUGUAUGUAUGCUUCUUUGUGGGUCAAAGAAGUGUGGAAGAAUAUCUUUUACCUUAUAUUGAGCAGGCUGUAAGUGAUGUUACAGAGGCUGUCAUUGUCAAUGCAUUGGACUGUUUGGCCAUUUUGUGCAAAAGUGGUUUCUUGCGGAAGAGGAUACUUCUUGAAAUGAUUGAGCGUGCCUUUCCAUUGUUAUGUUAUCCUAGUCAAUGGGUAAGAAGGUCAGCUGUCACUUUUAUUGCGGCCAGCAGUGACUGCUUAGGUGCUGUAGAUUCCUAUGUUUUUCUUGCCCCUGUUAUUCGGCCCCUACUUCGCAGACAGCCAGCAUCUCUAGCUUCUGAAAAGGCUCUCCUUGCAUGUUUAAAACCUCCAGUCUCAAGACAGGUUUUUUACCAAGUUCUAGAAAAUGCAAGGAGUUCAGACAUGUUGGAAAGACAGAGAAAGAUAUGGUACAACUCCUGGCCCCAAUCCAAACAAUGGGAAAGUGUGGAUUUACUUCCAAAAGGGGUUGAGGAAUUGAGUUCAACGAGGAACUGGCCUGACAAGCAACAAAGUCCCGAGAAUCAAAAACUUACUGGAAAGGCAUUGCAACAAUUAGAGCUAACUGAAUGUGAAGAUGGUGAGGCCAAGUUGAGAAGUAUGGGAAGCUUUACACGUGCUUCUAGUACAGUUGACAUUCAUGAUCCUUUGUCCUCUGAAAAGUUGCAAUUUUCAGGCUUUAUGUGGCCACAGGGAAGUGGUGUGAAUAGCUUCAUGUGCGAUAAAUCAUCAGUAGGCAUACCUUUAUACUCCUUUAGCAUGGACAGGCGAGCAGUGGGAGUUCCUCCUGCAGCAUCUGAUUCUCCAGCUCAAGUGAAUUCAGUAGGACUUGGUGCAUCAUCCAUGCCUUGGAUGGAUCCAGUAAAUAAAUCAUUUAGUUUGGCUAGUUCUGUUCCAGCACCUAAGCUUGUGUCGGGAUCAUUCAACAUGAGUAGUGGUUCCAAACAGUUCUAUAGAGUUGUGCAUGAGCCAGAUGGUAGGGAUAAUGAUCAAACAGCCUUUGCUAGUAGCAAGCUUCAAGAUAUUGGAUUAUCUGGCACUUCAAAAGGAAGUUCUAUAGCUGCGGAAGAUGCAUCCCCUACAAGUGAUAUAACUGGAUUGCCCUCUUCUGCACGAAAUUCAUCAAUUCCCGAUUCUGGUUGGAGGCCCCGUGGGGUGCUGGUUGCACAUCUGCAAGAACAUCGGUCUGCUGUCAAUGACAUAGCCAUUUCAACUGAUCAUAGUUUUUUUGUGAGUGCAUCUGAUGAUUCCACUGUCAAGGUGUGGGAUUCUAGAAAGUUGGAAAAGGACAUAUCAUUUCGGUCAAGGUUAACUUAUCACCUUGAGGGAAGCCGUGCACUGUGCACUGCAAUGCUCCGGGGCUCUGCUCAAGUUGUAGUUGGAGCAUGUGAUGGAAUGAUACAUAUGUUUUCUGUUGAUUACAUCUCCAGAGGUCUUGGUAAUGUUGUUGAAAAGUAUUCGGGUGUUGCUGAUAUCAAGAAGAAGGAUAUUAAGGAAGGUGCCAUACUCAGCCUUUUGAAUUUCUCUGCUGAUAACUGUACAAAUCAGAUGGUUAUGUACAGCACCCGAAAUUGUGGGAUCCAUCUUUGGGAUACGAGAAUGAAUACCAAUUCUUGGACAUUGAGAGCAACUCCUGAAGAGGGCUAUGUUUCUUCACUGGUAACAGGACCUUGUGAAAAUUGGUUUGUGUCCGGAUCUUCAAGGGGUGUGCUUACUCUUUGGGAUAUGAGGUUCCUUAUUCCUGUGAACUCAUGGCAGUAUUCUGCUGUUUGCCCUAUUGAGAAGAUGUGUCUUUUUCUUCCUCCUCCAAAUGCUUCUGCCUCUGCUGCUGCAAGACCCCUUGUUUAUGUUGCUGCAGGUUGCAAUGAAGUUUCUCUUUGGAAUGCUGAAAAUGGAAGCUGCCACCAGGUGUUGAGAGUGGCAAGUUAUGAAAGUGAUGCUGAAACAUCUGAAGUGCCUUGGGCCUUGGCUAGAUCAUCAAGUAAAAAUUCUAAACCAGAUCUGAGACGGAAUGUCAAUCCCCACUACAGAGUUGAUGAACUAAACGAACCCCCUCCUCGUCUUCCUGGCAUCCGUUCAUUGCUGCCCUUACCUGGGGGUGAUUUGUUAACUGGAGGAACCGACUUGAAAAUACGUCGAUGGGAUCAUUACAGUCCUGAUCGAAGUUACUCCAUCUGUGGGCCAAACUUGAAGGGAGUUGGAAAUGAUGAUUUCUAUGCGACAAGAUCUAGUUUUGGUGUGCAAGUUGUGCAGGAGACAAAGAGACGACCUCUAACGUCAAAGCUCACAGCCAAGGCAGUACUUGCAGCUGCUGCCACUGAUUCUGCUGGCUGCCACCGUGAUUCUAUUCUAUCAUUGGCCUCGGUUAAGUUAAACCAGAGACACUUAAUAUCGAGCGGUAGAGAUGGGGCAAUCAAGGUUUGGAAGUAAUUGACAUAAUCAUUCCUUUUUCUGUUGUACAUACAUAGCACAAUGCUAGUGAAGUUGUACAUUAUAUAUUUAUGAAAAGCUUAGACUGAAUGUAUAAGCUUAGACUCCCAUUUAGCUAUUCCUAACCGGUCGUACAUAUGUUUGAGUCAUACCCUGCUUGAUUUUAGAGUUUGUAUACAUGUAGGAAUAGAUAGGAAGUCAAAUUAUUGAUGUGUUUCAUUGAUGUUUCCAGUUGAAAUGCAUAAUUAAAAAAUUGUGUAAAUUUGGGCGUACUUGUGAAUUUGUGAUUCCACAUUCAAAGUUUGGCUGCAUUGUUACUUA